AUGAAACUAAAGAACAAAUGGGAUCAAUUAAAGAAGAACUGGAAGCUUUGGAAGGAGCUUAAAAGGGGAUCAACUGGAUUGGGAUGGGAUCCAGUCAAACGGACAAUUGAUGCACCUGAGGAAUGGUGGGCAGAAAAGUUAGCGGUUGUGCCCGUGGCAAAAAAAUUCAAAUUUAAUGGAAUUGAACCAGCCUUGGAGGAGAAAUUGGAUGGCAUGUUUACUGGUGUUGUAGCAACAGGAACUCAUUUUUCCACCCCUAAUGAGCAGGGUGUUGCAAACCUAGCUGAGGAU